CCAGAAGAAGAAGAAGAAACGAAACAGAAUCUGGAGAAAGGGAGAGAUUAUUUUCAAUGUUGAAGGAGUGGAAGAAGCUAGAAACAUAAUUUAGCUUUCGGAUUCAGUUUUAAAUUCAUAGUCCGCACCUUGUUUUCACAAUUCUAUCGUCUGGAGAGAUCGCAAUCGCAACAAGAAAUAAGUUUGUGUCUACAAUGGCAAACUCCAAAGGUCCAUCAAGAACCGGAGAUGUAUUGUGCAGUGGGAAGAAUUCAUUGCUUCCCCCUAAAAGUCCAUACACCUCCAUAUCUCCAUCUUAUAUUGAAUAUAUUCCACCUAUUAUGCAAAAAGGCCUCCCAAAACCUAGAGAAGGAAAUUCACACCACCAGCGUACUUCAUCUGAAAGUUUUCUAAUGGAUGAGCAACCAUCAUGGCUGGAUGAUCUUCUUAAUGAGCCGGACAGCCCUGUACAUAAAGGAGGCCACCGCCGUUCAUCCAGUGACUCGUUUGCAUCCUUUGCAAACUCUGGUUACAUAGUUCAAGGUCAUAACAAGUUCCCAAACAUGUUGCCCAUCCCUUCAUGGGGACCUCAAUUUGAUUACCAUGGAGAUGGUUAUGGUUCAGGCAUACACAGGAGUAGGACAAAAGACAUAUCUCCUAAUAAAAUCACGCAUCCCAGUGGCAUUCCCUCACCUAGAGAAAUUGUUGCUCAUCAAAAGUCAGAAUCUUCAUAUUCGCCACAAGAAAGCAAUAUGGGAAAUGUUAAUCUGGAUGUUCUUGAAUCUCACCCGAAUGGAACAAAUAGUUCUGUGGAAAAUGAAUCUUCUGAAGCAAAGAUCUCUGCUUCGGAAACAGACAUGAAACGUGCAAAACAGCAGUUUGCUCAACGUUCACGAGUCCGAAAGCUGCAAUACAUAGCUGAGUUGGAAAGAAUCGUCCACAGUCUACAGGUGGGGGGUUUUGAAGCUUCAGCUCAGCUUGAAUUUAUGAACCAGCAAAAUCUUAUUUUAAGCAUGGAGAAUAAAGCUUUAAAGCAGCGUUUGGAAAGCUUAGCUCAAGAACAUCUUAUAAAGUAUCUGGAACAUGAAGUGCUAGAGAGAGAGAAGGGACGGCUCCAGACUUUAUAUCACCAACAACUUCAAACACUUGCUCAACCAAAAAAGAGACCGUAUUCUGGCCACCGGCUUACCAAGAGCGUAGACUUUGGCAAGCAAUUCGCUAACCUGUCUUUGGAGUAGAAACAGUGCCCUUCUCUGGUCAACGCCGAACUUGACCUGUACAUAAUAUAUAGGAUGUCUACAGAUUCCUCUGACCGUGGCUUCGUUGACGAUUAUGCUGUUGAGUGGGAAGAAGGUCUUGUCUCCAAGUUGCAAAACCCCAUCCCCUCUUCCAUGUUUGGCUGGCUGCAUUUUCGCAUCUGCAAGUAAAUCAAGUCUCAAUUGUAUCUUAUAUUUCAAUCCUUUUCUUUUUUAAGUUUAAUGAGAAAUGGUUGGGUCACAAACAAAAAAGACACAAAAUUCACAAACUUACGCUUCAUGAACUCCACUUUAAAAAUAAAAUGGUCUAAAAAAACUAAAAAAAGUGCAAGUUUAAAUUCGCCAAAUGCGAGUUGGUGAUUUUGUGGCUUUUUGUUUGUGAUUGUUUCGUACAUCAACUUGUCAAAUGAUCAUUCUGUUCAUCAAUUCCCCGUGUUUCUUUUUUUUUCCCCUUCUUUGUUUUUGAAGGGAAAGAAAUAAACUUAAUGCAGCUUG